AGCAGUGUGAGAGUGGAGCGACACUCAGCAGCGGAGCGACCGUGGCAGCCGCGGCGGCCGCGUCUCACCUCGCACGUCCCGCUUUAAGGAACCGACACCGCGCGCUGCCGAUGCGCGCAGCCGCGGCCAUCACAACGCGCUCCCUCCCAGCCGAGCCGAGAGCUCGAACCCGCACACGAAAAACUCUGGACUUGACAACAAGUACACCUCAGGAACUGAACCUCAACCCUCCGGUUCUGAAUGACGGGCGGUCGCUUUGACUUUGACGAUGGCGGCACUUACUGCGGAGGCUGGGAGGACGGGAAAGCCCACGGCCACGGCGUGUGCACGGGACCCAAGAGCCAGGGCGAGUACGCGGGCUCCUGGUCUAGCGGGUUCGAGGUGGUGGGCGUGUACACCUGGCCCAGCGGGAACGUGUACCAGGGUUACUGGACGCAGGGCAAACGUCACGGACUCGGCGUGGAAACCAAAGGCAGGUGGAUUUACCGCGGAGAGUGGACACACGGGUUCAAGGGCCGGUACGGAGUCCGACAGAGUCUGAACACACCGGCCAGGUACGAGGGCACCUGGAGUAACGGACUGCAGGACGGAUACGGCGUGGAGACGUACGGGGAUGGAGGUACGUACCAGGGUCAGUGGACUGGUGGGAUGCGUCAUGGCUAUGGCAUACGUCAGAGUGUCCCGUACGGCAUGGCCUCUGUCAUCCGCUCCCCUCUGCGCACCUCGCUGGCCUCCCUGCGCAGUGAGCAGAGUAACGGUACAGUCCUGCGGGACUGCCUGUCCGACGGCCCUGCAGGCACACGCGGUGGCUUUGUCCUCAACUUCCACUCAGACGCAGAGGGUUCAGAGAAGAAGAAGCGCCUUUUCCGCCGCGGCUCCCUCUUCGGCAGCCUCCAGCGACUGCGCAAAUCAGACUCGCGCUCCUCGAUUUCCAGCAAGCGCAGCUCAGCACACAGCGACACCACCAUGAGCCGCAUCAGUUCCAGCGACGCCAACUCCACCAUCAGCUUUGGAGACGGCGAGCCAAGCGACGACUACCUGAUGCUGGAGGAUAACGUAGACGCCACCACCACGGAGUCCUACAUGGGCGAGUGGAAGAACGACAAGCGCAGUGGCUUCGGCAUCUCAGAGCGAUCCAACGGCAUGAAGUAUGAAGGCGAGUGGUUGAACAAUAAGCGCCAUGGCUACGGCAGCACCAUCUUUCCCGAUGGCACCAAAGAAGAAGGGAAGUACAAGAAUAACGCACUGGCCAGAGGUCUCAGGAAGCACCUCAUCCCGCUGAGGAGCACCAAGACCAAACAGAAGGUGGAACGAGCCGUUGAGGGAGCACUGAGAGCAGCAGCCAUCGCCAGAACCAAAGUGGAGAUUGCCAUCUCGAGGACAUCUCAUGCUCGGGCCAAAGCAGAGGCUGCAGAUCAGGCCGCUCACUCAGCCGCUCAAGAUUCAGAGAUCGCCAGAGUUGUGGCCAGAGAACUGUCCCCGAGCUUCUAUCAGCCAGGCCCCGACUACAUCCGACAGAAGUACAACGAGCCUGUGGAGGUGAAGGAGAUUCCUGUGGAGGAACAAAAGGAAAAGUCUCCGUCCGGGAGCCCACACUUCUAUCGCAAAGGAACAACGCCCACACAAUCUCCAUCUGAGAGCCCAGGUCCCAGCCCCACUCCUUCACCUGAAGCUGUGAAUAAGAGCACGACAACUCCAGCCACCAUCACUGCUGCAAAGCCAGCUGGGAAAGAGAACAGAACCCCAACCUCUGAGUCUUUGACAGCAGGCAUAGCAAAAGCAGCAUCAAAACUGUCUCUCAAACAGGAAGUGAGGCAGAUCGAGGCUCCGGCUGUCAUCAAACCAGCUGUUGACACAUCAGCCAGUGUUUACCCCAGCAAUGGGCAGAUUCACUCCCAGUACCACGGUUACUAUGUCAAAGCAGACAUCAAGAGACUUCCACCUGAUGAUCAAGCCGCCUUAGAGGAUGACUUUCACCCAUCGAGCCUUGCACGGAUGCCGCCACCUGCCAAAAAGUCUCAGACACCAGCAAUAAAAUCCACGUCAACCCAGAGUCCUUCAUCAGUUCCCCUCAAAGAGAGCACCAAAGCCCUGGAGCCUUCCAAACCAAAAAGACAGGAAACAAUGAAACCAAAGAGCCUUGCAGAAACCAAGAAAGCUAGCAUGGAAAUAGCUCCUGAAAUUGUAGAGGAGUCGGGUCCUAACUCCAUCCUGGUGGCCCUUGUGAUGCUGCUGAACGUAGGUCUCGCAAUCAUUUUUGUCCAUUUCCUCACCUGACCAAACAUCACCUCAGAAAUCGUCCACACUAGUCAGCCGAGCUGCUAACCCUCCACCAGCCAAAGAGGCCUUUUUUAAAAAAGAGAGGACUGAACAUAGACUAGUGAGGGAGGAGCCAAAAAACAACAAAAAAAAGGAGGAUGGAGAGAAACAUGAGACCUCACCCAGCCCCCCCUCUCUGGAUGGACUGAAUGACUUUCUUUGGCGCCCCAAGUCCAACCUGAGUGGACUGGUGAUGAUUUGUGAAGCUGAAGGAAGCAGCUGCCAGUUGGAGAACGGCCCCCGUGCCCCAGCUUUGGAUUCCCCCAACAGGGUUAGAAAAUAAGAGAAAGGCCUGGAGAACAGAGUGAAUGUGAGAGUGUGUGAAUGUGCGUGUGUGUGUGUGUGUGUGAGUGUGAGGCCCGGCAGCCACACUGUCUUUAAAACUCUAGUAAUGUGUGCGUUUGUCUGUCUCAAGCUCCAUUUCCAUCCAAAUCCAUCUAAAUCUAGAAGUUUUGAAAUGCUGCAAUAAAAAAGAUUGUGCCUGGUC